AUGUCAGAUCUUGGAUUUUUCCAUUAUUUGACGAAUGGGUCUUCCGAGCCCGAAGUUGAGGAAGAUAUUCGAAAAGGAGAGUUAGCAGUGACAAAUACUUACUAUGCCUACAUCGUAAAGCUCCUAACAACUAAGAGAUAUUUAAAUGAUAUUCCCAGUCAUUUACUACGCCCAUUUCUCCACGCCUCUACCAAAUUACUUGCCUAUCAAGUCACUCGGAAAGUCAUUAAGAGCAUAAAUCAUUUUUUGGCUGUCUUGAGUGAUCCCUCCAUCAGCCCUUUAUUAAAGUUGGACCUAAAAUGUGAGAACAACGAGAUGUUCGUAUUCCCACGUACCAUCGAUUUUUCCUCGAGUUUUCACGCACUGCUAGACAGAUUAGGAAUCGUCGGGCUAUCAUUGCCCCCAUUGGAGUCUUGGCUCGAUAUGAAAACAGAGAACGAAUUCAUCCCUGCGGUUUUGCCCGAAUGGUUUAUGCAGGCCUCCCACGAAAAAUUGGCAGGAAUACUGCAGAUAUUAUUGCAACCCGUUAAUGCUUAUGUCGAGGUUUUAUAUAAUAAAUUCGGAGUCGUUUACAGUUCAGCGACUCCUGAAGAGAUUGCGAUCUUCAUCGCUGGAGAACACAGCUUCCAAGAUUGUCUGGAUAAAGUUGAAGAGUUUAAUCGGUUUAUUCGAGAGAUUAACAGCUUGACAGAAAAUGAAUAUAUUCCAUUAGGAAAAUUAUUCUUAGAACCAGCAAAAAUUGGUUUGAAGGAGUAUACCAGAGAAAUUCUUCAACACGUAAUCCAAGAAUUAGUAAAGAGACACUGCAAUUUUAACUUGGAAAUCUGUUCGAUCUUUGAGGCUUUGAAAAAGAAAGCUUUAGACAUUCCUCCGGAGACGAAAGAGUUCCUCGAACUGGGUGAAUACAUGCUGUAUGCGACUACUAUCCUGUUGAAUGAGUUACGGGAGAAGAUAAAUUUGUCUCUAUACAUGAUGGCCACUUUGCUCGAGAUGACGUCGCUGGACCAGGACCACAUUGAAUUGAAUAAUGACACUGUGAAUUGGAUGAACCGAAUAAAGCCAGUGUUUGAACAAAACAGCUCCAUAUUCGAGCAGAAAAAAUUUGAAUUGGAGGAGAGGUUGCAGGGAAGGAUUGCUGCAUUAAAUUCUCAAGUUGAAGCGAUGUUUCCAAGACUAACAAUUCUCGACGACAUGGACGAUGCCACCCAAAUCCGCCCCUACAUAGAAACCAUGCGAAGGAUGGUCCGCAACUUCGAUCGUAUGGACGCCGAGGUGCAGUGGAUAAAUUCCGAAGAAGCACUCUUCAAGUUCCCCCAAACGUUCUACCCUCGCAUAAAAGAGCUGAAAGACAUUAUCCUCCCUUACUACAGUCUGAUAUAUCGAGCACUCCAGUGGCAAAGAGACCUCGGAGUCUGGUUGGACGGACCCUUCGAGUACCUUGACGCCAACUCCAUAGAAAGCCGAACAACAGAUUACUUCACCGAUUUCAACAAGCAAUCGAAAGCUUAUCGAACGAAAAUAAAGAUGCAGAUAGCGAUGGGCUACCCCUACACCUUUUCCGGGGCUGUGGAUGACCCGGAUCCCUUUCAGUAUCCAGCACCAAUGAAGCUCUGCCACCAAUUGAUCGAAAAGAUCAAAUGGUUCAAGCAGUACGUGCCUCAAGCCCUCUGCUUCUGCAAUCCUGCACUCCGUCAGCACCACUGGGACGAGAUGUCCUUGGUUGCUGGAAGAGACAUCACCCCUGAUGCUGGUACGACCCUCAGGAAGAUCAUUAAAAUGAACUUGAUUGAUAAUAUGGACCAGUACGAAGCGAUCAGCAACAGUGCGACUAAAGAACUCGCCCUUCAAGACCUAUUGGGCAAGAUAAAACACGACUGGGAUGAUGUUUUUUUCACGACAACUCCUUACAAAGAUACUGGAGUAGCGAUCCUGACUCAAUUGGACGACAUUCAAGCUCUUCUGGAGGAACACAUCAUCAAGAUACAAGUGAUGAGGGGCUCUGCUUUCGUGAAGCCCAUUGAGAAAGAGGUGAAGCUGUUCUAUGAUCUUCUUCUGAGGAUCCAAAGUACCAUUAAUGAGUGGACGAACGUUCAGGUACAAUGGAUGUACCUGCUCCCCAUCUUCUCCAGCAAGGACAUCGUGGCGCAGUUGCCUGAGGAGGGAAUUAUGUUCCAGGAGGUGAACGCCACCUUUCGAAGUGCUAUGGCAGCUGUCGCUAAAGAACCACUAGUCAAAGAGACUGCAGGAUCUGCCGGUUUAUGCGAAGCCUUGAAGCAUGCGAAUGAGCUUAUGGAGAAGGUCAACGAGGGAGUUGCUAAUUAUCUGGAGAAGAAGAGACUCUUCUUCCCGCGGUUCUUCUUUCUGAGCAAUGACGACAUGCUGGAGAUUCUGUCCGAGACGAAGGAUCCUCUGAGAGUGCAGCCACAUUUGAAGAAAUGCUUUGAAGGAAUUGCCAAGUUAGGGUUUAAUGAUCAGUUGGAGAUUUUGUCCAUGUUCAGUGAUGACAAGGAAGAGGUGCAGUUCCAGGAGAUGAUAUCCACUAGCGCUGCCAGGGGUUGUGUCGAACGCUGGCUCAUUCAAGUCGAGGAGCAGAUGGUGAAGUCGAUACGGCAUGAGAUCAUGAUGAGUUAUUUUGAUUACGAGACUAAUGAGCGGGUGCAGUGGGUCCUCAUCUGGCCUGGACAAGUUAUCAUCUGUGUGUCACAGAUUUAUUGGAGCAUGGAAGUACAGAACUGUUUGAUGACCCAUACCAUGUCGAAUCUCGAGGGCUUGUAUAAAAAAUUGAGGGCGCAGAUCUUUGACAUGGUGAACCUCUUUGCGACAGGCCAGCUGACGAAACAGAAUCGCACGACCCUCAAUGCGCUGAUUACAAUAGAUGUGCAUGCUCAAGAUGUCGUCAAGUUAUUGAUUGAUAAGGAGAUCAUUGAUGAGACGGAUUUUGAGUGGCUUGCACAAUUGAGGUAUUAUUGGGAGGAUGAUGUUUUGGUGAGGAUUAUCAAUGCUACUGUGCCGUAUGCUUAUGAGUAUCUCGGAAAUUGCCCGAGGCUGGUUAUUACUCCUUUAACUGACAGAUGUUAUCGAACCUUAAUUGGAGCCUACUCCCUCCAUCUGAACGGUGCCCCAGAGGGUCCAGCAGGAACAGGAAAAACCGAAACAACCAAAGACCUGGGUCGAGCAAUAGCAGUGCAAUGUGUAGUCUUCAACUGUUCCGACGGUCUCGACUACAAGAACAUGGGAAAAUUCUUCAAGGGUCUGGCCUCCUGCGGAGCCUGGGCCUGCUUCGACGAGUUCAACCGAAUCGAGCUCGAGGUGCUGUCUGUCGUAGCCCAGCAGAUUCUCUGUAUCAUCCAAGCAGUGCGAGCCCACGUCGACACCUUCAUCUUCGAGGGAACCGAACUCAGGCUGAACCCCGCCGUCUACGUCUGUAUCACCAUGAACCCCGGCUACGCAGGACGAUCUGAGCUUCCGGACAACCUGAAAGUCCUAUUCAGAACAGUCGCCAUGAUGGUCCCAGAUUACGCUAUGAUAGGGGAGAUCUUCCUGUAUUCUUCUGGCUUCAGCACUGCUCGAGUCCUCUCAGUCAAGAUCGUGACGACCUACAAACUCUGUUCCGAGCAAUUGUCCUCCCAAUCUCACUACGACUACGGCAUGAGAGCUGUGAAGACUGUCCUGACAGCAGCGCAGAACGUCAAGCUGAAGUACCCAAACGAAGACGAACUGAUUCUUCUCCUGCGAUCAAUAAUCGACGUCAACCUCCCAAAGUUCCUAUCCCACGACGUUCCAUUAUUCGAAGGUAUCAUAUCCGAUCUCUUCCCAGGGGUACAACUCCCAUCACCGAGCUACGACGUCCUCAUCAAAGCCGUGAAAGUAGCGGCAGAGAAGAAAAAUCUUCAGCCAGUCGACGCAUUUCUCCUGAAGAUCAUUCAAACCUAUGAAAUGAUGAUCGUCAGACAUGGAUUCAUGCUCGUGGGCGAUCCUUUUGGCGGGAAAACUUCAGUCCUCCACACCCUCGCUGACGCCCUGACUCUCAUGGAAGAGUGGGGAGAUGACAAUGGAGCAACGACAAUCUUCACAACUGUCAAUCCAAAAUCGAUAACGAUGGGGCAAUUGUAUGGACAGUUUGAUCCUGUUUCCUCAGAGUGGACUGAUGGGGUCUGCGCUGUUGCCUUCAGAAGAUACUGUUCAGAUGAGUCACCGUCCAGGAAAUGGCUGAUUUUCGAUGGACCUGUUGAUGCCGUGUGGAUAGAGAAUCUAAACACUGUGUUGGAUGACAAUAAGAAGCUUUGUUUGACGUCUGGGGAGGUCAUGCAGAUGACGAACGUGAUGUCGAUGAUCUUUGAAGCGAUGGAUCUGCUUCAGGCGUCGCCUGCCACAGUUUCACGUUGUGGUAUGAUCUACAUCGAGCCUCAUGUCAUUGGUUGGAGGCCCUUUGUCGAGUCCUGGUACAACACUCUAGAUGUAAAAUGGGCAGAGCCUCAAAUGGGCACGAUCAGAGAUUUGUUCAAUUGGUUAAUUGAACCUUCCUUAGAAUUCGUCAGGAAGAAGUGCAAAAUUUCCUUGUUCUCCGGACAAAUAAACCAAGUGGUAUCAACGAUGAACCUCUUCCAAAUGUACAUGGAUGACGCAGUAGAGGAGAAUGAUGACUACGAGUCAAAUGUUGAGUUCUGGAUCCAAGCAGCGAUGAUGCUGGCCAUCGUCUGGGGGAUUGGGGGGACUCUAGACGCCGAUUCUCUCGAAAAAUUCAAUGACUUCUGCAUUUCUCUGUGGAAGAAUCAAGUUGAGGAGCUUCCGAUGCCAGAGAGUAUCAUCGAUAGUCUUAUUGCCUUACCCACCGAGGGAUUGAUCCACGAUAACUUCUACACGUUCAAGGGUAAGGGCGCUUGGAAGAACUUUGGAGACGCCGCGAGGAUGGAGAAGAUCAUCGAAACCGCGAGCAUUGGACAGAUGAUAAUUCCCACCAUUGACACCAUGAAAUAUCAGAGUCUCUUCUUGAAACACAUCAAGCAUCGCAAGCGCUUUCUUCUUUACGGAGAAACUGGAACUGGUAAAAGUUUUUACAUCCAGGAUAUCAUGAUGAACAAAUUGGAAGAGGAGUUUUAUCUACCAAAUCUUAUCACCUUCACUGCGAAGACAUCAGCAGCGAAUGCCCAAGAGCUGGUGAUUUCGAAGCUCUACAAGAGGAGGAAGGGGCAGUUUGGGCCGAUGGUUGGGACUCAGUGUGUCGUCUUCAUCGACGAUGUCAAUAUGCCAACGAAGGAGGUGUAUGGAGCCCAGCCCGCCAUUGAACUCCUCCGCCAGGUGUUUGAUCACAAUUAUUGGUACGAGUUGAAGGAACCAGAGAAGCUAUUGAUCUACGACACCAUGUUUGUUUGCGCUAUGGGACCUCCAGGGGGCAGCAGGCAGGAGAUCUACCAUCGAUUCCUUCGGCACUUUAAUCUAUACUCGAUCAAUAACUUCUCUGAUGACAGCGUCACCAAGAUCUUCACGAAUCUCGCGUUAGUCGGGCUCAAACGAAACGGUUUUGCUGCUGAUGUGAUGUCCACAGUCGUAUGUCUGGUAAAUGCAACGUUAGACGUCUUCAAGAAUGCCAGUGAAUUCCUGAGACCAACUCCCGCAAAGUCCCACUAUCUUUUCAAUCUUAGAGAUUUCUCGAGGGUCAUUAGAGGCUGUGCGAUGAUCAAGAAAGAGUCGGUGGAGUCUAAAACAACUUUCACGAGACUCUGGGUUCAUGAGAUUUUGAGAGUCUUUGGAGACCGAUUGAUCGACCAGUCUGAUCGACAGUGGUUAUUCAGGCAGAUGAGGGAUACCGUUCAGAGGAUCAUAAGGGAGAACUUCGAAGUUGUCUUUGAACAUUUGCCUAAGGAGAAUGACCAAAUCAACGAAGUCAGUCUUCAGAAUUUGAUAUUUGGGAAUUUUAUGGAUCCAGACGCGAUUCAAGAAGAUAAACGGUACGAAGAGGUGGCUUCCAUGGAGGAGUUCAAGAUGGUUGCGACGCUGAGUCUUGAGGAUUACAACACUACGCAUAGGAACAAGAUGGAUAUUGUCUUGUUUCGAUAUGCGUUGGAACAUUUGGCGAGAGUCUGCAGGAUCCUCGCAAUUCCAGGAGGAAGUUUACUAAUGGUUGGAGUUGGCGGCUCUGGCCGUCAAUCACUAACCAGACUAGCAUCCAACAUGGCGGGUUGCGGUCUCUUCCAACCGGAAAUAGGAAGUGCCUACGGCAUAAAUGAAUGGCGUGAGGACAUCAAAGGCGUUUUAAAACGCUCUGGAGGUGUCCAAAAGGACCUAGUCUUCCUUAUAACAGAGGGUCAAAUAAAAGAAGAAGCCUUUCUCAGCGAUAUCGACAGUCUCCUCAACUCCGGGGAGGUCCCCAACCUCUUCACCAUAGAAGAAAGACAGGAAGUCAUAGAAAUGUGUCGUCUGGCGGCACAAGGUGGCAACCGGAACCUCGACAUCUCCGUCCUAUCCGUCUUAUCGUUCUUCGUUAACCAGUGCAAAGAGAAGCUGCACUUGAUGUUGUGCUUCAGUCCUAUCGGCGACUCAUUUAGAACGCGUUUGAGGAUGUACCCCAGCCUCGUAAAUUGCUGCACCAUAGACUGGUUCGAGAUAUGGCCAGAGGAUGCCCUAGAACAGGUUGCUGUCAGAUUCACUACCGAUAUCAAUGUCGAGGAGGCAGUGAAAGUGAAUGCUGUGAUCGCGUGCAAGUACUUCCAUGUAUGUGCUAAAGAAAUGAGCGAAGAUUUUUAUCAAGCCAAGGGGCGAAAGACUUACGUAACAUCCGCGGCUUUUCUGGAUUUGAUAAGAAGUUAUGCGGACCUGAUGCAGGAGAAGCAGGAGGAAUUGACGUUGGCCAGGGAUCGGUAUCUGGGGGGAUUGGAAAAAUUGGCGUUUGCUGCUGAGCAGAUAUCGAAAAUGAAGAUAACUCUUGUGGCACUGAGACCGGAACUUGAGAGAUCGGCGAAGCUGACGGCUGAUACUAUGAACAAGAUCGAGAAGGAGAAUGUGAUUGUUGAGAAGGCGACGAUGAAGGUGAAGAAGGACGAAGAUGCUGCGAAUGUUCAGGCGAAAGUCGCCGGGGCCUUGAAGGCUGAGUGUGAAGCUGAUCUUGAGGAGGCUAUGCCUGUGUUGAAUGAAGCUAUUGCUGCGUUGGAUACGCUGAAGCCUGCGGAUAUUGCCAUGGUGAAGACUAUGAAGAACCCGCCGGAGACUGUUAAGCUGGUCAUGGCUGCUGUCUGUGUUAUGAUGAAUGUGCAACCUGAAAAGGUUUUGGAUACUAGUACUGGAAAAACAAGAUUGGAUUAUUGGAAGGUUGCUCAAAGGAUUCUCAGUGAUAUGAAGUUCUUGGAGAAUUUGAAGAAUUAUGAUAAGGAGAAUAUUCCGAUGGAGACGAUACAGACAAUAAAGAAGACAUAUCUAUCGAACGCGAGUUUCGAUCCAAAGAUCGUGGCGAAAGCCUCCUCAGCAGCUGAGGGUCUCUGCAAAUGGGUAAGAGCGAUGGUUCUCUACGAUAAAGUUGCCCGAGAAGUGGCGCCGAAAAAAGCAGCGCUGGCUUCCGCCGAAAAAGAUUACAAAGACACAAUGAUUUUCUUGGCGGAACAACGAAAAAUGUUGGGAGAGUUGAACGAAAAGUUGGCAUUACUGAGAGACGAUCUUGAGAAAACAAUUGAGAAGAAAAUAGCGCUGGAAAAUCAAGUGAUCACCUGUAGGAAUCAACUAGCUAGGGCUGAGAAACUCAUCAACGGACUGGGGGGUGAGAAGGACCGGUGGAUGAGUUCGGCAGAGAGUCUCCAAAGGGCAUAUGAUACACUACCCGGGGAUAUUCUCAUUUCCUGCGGCAUCAUUGCCUAUCUUGGUCCAUUCAUAACUUCCUACCGAGUGGAAUAUGUGGACAAGUGGAAAGUUUAUGUUCAAAAUCUCAAGAUUCCCUGCUCCGAGGAGUUCAACUUUGUCACAGUUCUGGGAUCUGAGAUUAAAAUUAACUCGUGGAAUAUAUUUGGAUUGCCUAGGGAUAGUUUCUCUACUGAGAAUGCUAUUGUUAUGGAUAAUUCGAAGAGAUGGAGUUUAUUUAUUGAUCCUCAGAGUCAGGCGAAUAAGUGGAUUAGGAAUAUGGAGAAAGCGAGUGAAUUGGAAGUCGUCAAGUUGACGGAUAAGAAUUAUAUGGAUAUUAUGGAACAAUGUGUUGAAUUUGGCAAACCAAUUUUAAUCGAAAACAUCGCAGAGGACCUCGACGCCCCCCUCGACCCAAUCCUCACAAAAAACACCUACAAAGUAUUCGGUGGCCUGUACAUCACCCUCGGGGAGAAAACAAUCCAAUACGACGAGAGAUUUCGCCUCUACAUGACCACCAAGUACCGCAACCCCCACUAUCUCCCCGAAGUCUUCAACAAGGUGACCCUAAUAAACUUCGCGCUGACAAUCGAGGGCCUGGAGGACCAACUGCUGGGAAUAGUAGUCGCAAAAGAGCGCCCAGACCUCCAGAAAAAACGAGAAUUCCUGAUAGUCGAAGGUGCAGCGAACCGAAAAGCCCUGAAAGGCGUCGAGGACAGCAUCCUGAAGACCCUAGCCACAUCCGGUGCUGCGAUCCUCGAUGAUGAGGAAGCCAUUGAGAUCCUCGACUCUUCGAAACUUCUUUCAACGGAUAUAAUGAAGAAACAAGAAGCUGCGAAACGUACGGAGAAAAAAAUCGAGGUCUUCCGCCAGAGUUACAGACCAAUAGCGAAACACAGCUCCUCAUUAUACUACACAGUAACCGAUCUCCCCAGCAUCGACCCCAUGUACCAAUAUUCCCUCUCGUGGUUCAUCAACCUCUACAUCGUGUCCAUAGAUACAGCAAACAAGAGUAAAAUCCUCGAGCAACGAUUGAUGUAUCUUCGAGACACAUUUACGUACAAUCUCUACCAAAACGUUUGCAGAUCGCUCCUAGAAAAGGACAAAGUCCUGUACUCAUUCUUGCUGUACACAACAAUUUUACUAGCGGAGGAGAAAAUAAUAAAAAAUGAGCUGAUGUUCUUUCUGUCUGGGGGCAUUGUGGUGGGUAAAACCCCGCAGAAUCCCGCGGCUGAUUGGCUUCCAGAUAAAUCGUGGGAGGAAAUAUCGAGGGUGGGACAACUCCCGCCCUUCUCGAACUUCCCAAAAAGCUUUGAAAUACAUUUGAACGAGUGGAAACAGCUCUAUGAUUCUAUGUCCCCUGAGAAAUCGAAAUAUCCAGAGCCUUGGGAGUCGACUUUAUCAGACUUUCAGAAAUUAAUCGUCCUGAGGAUGCUGAGGCCCGACAAAAUAACCCUGAAAGUGAUUCAAUUCGUCGAGAAAGGACUGGGCAGAAAAUUCGUCAUUCCACCAAGCUUUGACCUGGCCAAAUCCUAUGCAGACUCGAUGUGCCUAGUUCCCCUAAUAUUUAUCCUAUCCCCCGGCUCCGAUCCUAUGGGCGCCCUGUCGAAUUUCGCUGAAGAUAUGGAUUACACUUCGCGGUUCACCUCGAUAUCUCUGGGUCAGGGACAAGGGCCCAUCGCCAAGAGAAUGGUUGAACAUGCACAGAGCACCGGCUCCUGGGUUUGCCUUCAGAACUGUCAUCUUGCUGUCUCCUGGAUGCCAGUUCUCGAGAAAAUCUGCGAAAAUUUCGAUCUAACCAACACCUCUAUCAACUUUCGUCUCUGGUUAACGAGCUAUCCCUCCGAUAAAUUUCCCAUCUCUGUACUGCAAAGUGGCGUCAAGAUGACCAACGAACCACCAACCGGUUUACAACAGAAUCUCAUGAGAUCUUAUACAUCAGAACCAGUUAAAAAUCCGGAAUUCUUUGAAGGCUGCCCGGGGAAGGAGAAGAUAUUCACAAGGCUACUUUAUGGUCUCUGUUUCUUUCAUGCUCUAGUUCAAGAGAGAAGAAAUUACGGGGCACAAGGAUGGAAUAUAAGAUAUGGAUUUAACGAAUCUGACUUUCAAAUUUCUGUUCAGCAGCUGCAAAUUUUUAUCAAUGAGUCUCAGCAGGUUCCUUUCAAAGCCAUCAAGUAUCUUACCGGAGAGUGCAAUUAUGGAGGAAGGGUCACAGAUGAUAGGGAUAGACGAUGUCUCAAUACGAUUUUAUUGGAUUUUUAUAACAUGGAGGUCAUUGAGGAUGUCAGUUAUAGCUUCUCUGGCAUGGGGAGUGAAUAUACAUUGCCCAGAAGGAUUGGUUAUCGUGAUUACAUAAGACAAAUCGAGGGAAUCCCUAUGAAUCCACCCCCAGAAGUAUUCGGUCUCCACAUGAAUGCGGGAAUUACGAGGGAUUUGGAGGUGUCCAAAACAUUCUUUGAAUCGAUGUUAAAAAUUCAGGGAACCGUGACGGUGGGAGAUACGUCGAAACAGGAUGAAUUAUUACUAACAAUGAAGAGGGACAUUUACAAUCGUCUGCCGGAGCUGUUUGAUAUUGAGGAAGCGCAAAAAAAAUACCCGGUAUCCUACAUGGAAUCCAUGAAUACGGUUUUAAUCCAGGAGAUGGAACGGUAUAAUACGCUCUUAAGGAUGAUGCGAGGGUCACUCCAGAUGCUGGAGAAGGCGGUUCAGGGAAUGAUCGUGAUGACACCAGAAUUAGAGAUCCUCUCUCAAAACAUGAUGAAUGGGAAAAUCCCACCCACGUGGAUCAAAGCCAGCGCCUAUCCCACCCUGAAGCCCCUGUCAAGCUUCAUCACCGACUUCCUGAAGCGCCUCGAUUUUUUCCAACACUGGUUGACAAACGGAAAGCCGUCGACCUUCUGGAUUUCCGGCUUUUCAUUCGUGCAUGCCUUUCUCACCGGCGCAAUGCAGAAUUACGCGAGGAAAUACAAGAUUUCCAUUGACAAACUUGACUUUGACUUCGAGGUAAUACGAGCCUAUCAAUUAGAUGAAUCACCCGAGGACGGUGUCUACGUCUACGGAAUGUACCUGUCAGGCGGGAGAUGGGACAUUGGUAAAAUGCAUCUAACCGAGAGUUACCCAAAAGUCCUCUGGGAUUCACUGCCCAUUGUCUGGUUCAAGCCCACAGAAGCAACUUUAAUUGAGAUAGGAACACGAUACGAGUGUCCAUUGUACAUAACAUCCGCGAGGUUUGGUACCCUCAAAACAACUGGCCACUCAACUAAUUACGUCUUAAUGAUUAUGCUUGACACCAAAACACCCGUGAGCCACUGGAUCAAACGUGGACUUGCACUACUUUGUCAAUUAGAUGAUUAA